UCUUGCAUCGCGGAAAUUCGUUUACAUCUAAGCAGACUACUACCUAUUUAACAGUUCGACAGUUUGCUUAUCGGGUGCGAAAGGCUUGUCGAUAAGGUAGCGUGCGCGCGCGCAGUCGUCAGUGCCGCGAGCGACGCCGGCGCACCCGCCCAUCACGAACGAGAACCGACAACGGCUAAACGCUGAAAACCGAAAUUCGUAACGUGUUUGGAAACUCAAAACAAUAUUAUACAAGUGAUAUGUGCCUGAACUACCGCUGCCGACUACUAUUUACUAAACCAACGUGUUGUGACAAAAAUUGCUUUUACUUUAACUUGUGCGGCUAAACCAAGCUCUGCAUCAGUUCUAUACUUUUGAGGAGCAGCAAGAUGGCAAUGAAGGAGUGGCUACAAUGGCUGCCGCCGCCGAGGUCCCUGUUGGCGCUGCUGCUGGCUAUAGCUGGCUUCAGCGGCCGGUUGUUCGCUUCGCACUUCACGCACUCACCGACCCUCCUCGUGGACACCUGCCACUCCCUAUGUCGGCUAGUCGGACUCGUCACCACAUUGAUCUCAUACAAGUAUGAGCGCGCAGACGAGGGUGCUGGUCGGGAAGGUCGGUUGCGGAACACGUUCGGAUGGGCGCGCAUUGAGGUGGUGGGCCGCCUCUCCGUGCACGUGCUCUUCGCAUCCUUCGCCUUAGCACUUGUGGUGAACGCGCUCCAGCUGGGCGUGCACUCCUCACACGGGCAGCCGCCGAGAUACCCCAAAGUCAUCGUCGGCAGCGCUGUCAUAGGACUACUGCUACACGCCAUCAAUUAUAUGUUAUUAGCAGGACGUGAAUUGAGCUACAGCCGGCGACUGAGCGUCACUGAAGGGGGAGGAGUUGUGCUGAAGACUGGAUCUGGAGAGCCUGUACUUGCUCAUGCCCCUACUGAUAUCGCCAGCAGUCUCUUCGUGAUGGGCGCUGGCCUGACCAACGAAUGGGAGCCCAUCGCUGCUCGCAUUGCCGACCCUGCGCUCUCCGCCUGCGCAGCCAUCGUGCUCGUCAUCUUCAAUUACCCAUUCAUGCGGUCUGCGGGACUGGUGCUGCUGCAGACAGUGCCGGAAGGUCUGGGUACUUGCGACCUGCGGGCCGCAGCACUUCGGGUCCCUGGGGUCCUCGCCAUACAUGAACUGCACGUCUGGCAGAUGCACCGCGACAAGGUCGUCGCCACCGCUCAUGUGGCCUACAGCUCACACGAGGAUUACUUGAAGAGUUCCGCGCUAGUUUGUGAUAUAUUCAAGCGUCACGGCAUCGGUCUAGUCACGCUACAGCCAGAGUUCACGCUCACCUCUAUGCUAGGUACAGACGAAGAGAAGAAGGCGUUAAUAGAUUUUGCGAACCUAGGGUGUUCGUGUCCGUGUGCCAAGGAGUGCACCGCGCCCAGGUGUUGUGAGCCUCCUCGCCAGCCCACCGUCACUCGCAUUUAGUUGCACAAUAACAUACUACACUACCCCGCGAUAAAUAUUGCACAUCGACCUUUGGAAAGACAAUCGGCCAAGUCACCAUGUAUACUGUUCCCUUGGUGCGACUUUGCUUUAUGUUGAACGAGAUCGAAACGAGACCACGCUAGGCGCUCUGAUUGGCCAGCUCCAAUGAAACAACCAAUCAGAGCGCCGAACGCACUCGUUUCGAUUUCGUUCAACGUAAAACAAACUCGUACUAAGGUCUCGUAAGGCUCAUGAUUAUAAACCGCUGCAACUAGUCGAGCACUCUCCUCCGAAUAAAAGAACCGUAACAUCAUAUAAAAUUGUCUCUUUCCAAAAAUCUAUGUUCAAUAUUUAUUCCCUGGUAAUGUAUAUUAUACGUGUUUAGCCAGGCAGAUUGGGUAUAUGUUCUUAUACAAAAUACUUUAUUUUUUUAAGGAAUUGUAACUGGCAGAACUUGCUGUCCACCAGUAGAAUAUGAGCCAAAGUAUAGAUGCCUCACAGAGUGACCAUUUCAUGUAAUAUCUGAAUGGAUAUAGUGCAACACGAAUCGACAGUUCUAUACAGAAUUGUUAUACCGUAUAAUCUUGCCGUAUUUUAAUGUAAUUGUAAAUAGUAGGCGAUAGAAGUAAGUUUAAUUUAAAUUAAGUAAUAUUCAUAAUUAGUCAAGUUGGGUGAAACCAAUCAGUUUCGUAUAUUAAGUGUAACGCUAACAGGUUCAUAAUAAUAAACAAUACUGAUUGGUUGGUACUUUAAGUCCGUGGGCGUAAAAUUAUUUUUCUACGGUAAUUAUAAAACAGUAAAUGAAUAGUUGUUUUGGUAGAAUUAAUACUGAAUCACCUACCUUUGUGCCUAAUUAAUAAUUAUAGAGAUUUAUAUUUUUAUUAUUCGAAACAGAAUUCAUUAAGAUAAUAAUUCAAUGUUCAAUUAUUGAUUAAGAGGAAUAUAUGUAUUUCUAUAUGAAGG